AUGGAUGUCGUCGCGGCCGUCUCGGGCUACAUCUCCAAGAUGGUGACGGCCGGCGAAUCAGCUUCGGGGUCUUCGUCCUCCAAGAUGAAGAUCCUGCUUCUUGAUAGUGAGACAGUUCCAAUUGUCUCGACCGCGAUGACCCAGUCGGCCCUCCUGAACCAUGAAGUGUACCUCAUUGAUCGCUUGGAUAACGCUGCGCGCGAGAAAAUGCGACAUCUGCGAUGCUUAGUUUUCGUACGCCCAUCCCCAAACUCUAUACAGCUUCUUGUCGACGAGCUCCGUGAACCCAAAUACGGCGAAUACUAUAUCCAUUUGAGCAACAUCAUUCGAAAGUCAUCCCUCGAGCGCCUUGCUGAGGCUGACAGUCAUGAAGUCGUUCAAUCUGUGCAGGAGCAAUUCGCCGACUUCCUAGUAGUCAAUCCGGAUCUGUGCUUUCUAAAUUUAGGUUUCCCUUUGAGCCGUCUUUGGAGUCACUCCCCCGACUUGUGGAACGCAGACUCACUACAGAGAUCCACGGAGGGGGUCCUAGCAUUACUGUUGUCCUUGAAAAAGAAUCCGUUGAUCCGAUACGAAAAAAAUAGUCUCAUGGCCCGGAAGCUGGCCACUGAGGUUCGGUAUCACCUCACGCAGGAGGAGCAAUUAUUUAACUUCCGCCGGACGGAUACACCGCCAAUUCUGCUCAUCCUCGACCGUCGAGAUGAUCCCAUCACCCCACUACUCACGCAAUGGACCUAUCAAGCCAUGGUACACGAACUACUUGGAAUAAAUAAUGGGCGCGUGGACCUGCAAGAUGUACCGGAGAUUCGACCGGAGCUUAAGGAGAUCGUGCUGGCCCAGGACCAAGAUCCAUUCUUUAAAAAGAAUAUGUAUCAGAACUUUGGUGAUUUGGGUCAAAAUAUCAAGGAAUAUGUGGAACAGUACCAGACUAAGACGCAAAGCAAUACAAAUAUUGAAUCUAUCACGGAUAUGAAGCGAUUUGUGGAGGAUUAUCCUGAAUUUCGCAAGCUAUCCGGCAAUGUGAGCAAGCAUGUCACCUUAGUGGGUGAGUUGAGUCGACGUGUGGGCGAAGACAGUUUGCUAGAUGUGAGUGAGCUGGAGCAAAGCUUGGCUUGCAAUGAAAGCCACGCCACUGAUCUCAAGUCCUUGCAGCGCCUUAUCCAACUAGAGAAUGUGCCGUCUGAUAGCAAAUUGCGCCUUGUGGCUCUCUAUGCGCUGCGUUAUGAGAAACAACCCAACAACGCUCUGCCGGUCUUGCUCGACUUGCUCGUCACCGCCGGCAACGUUCCCUCCAACAAAGUCAACAUUAUUCCCAAACUUCUCGCCUAUCACCAUUCGCUUCAAGCCCCACCCGUUGCUGGUGGAUUCACUGAUCUUUUCGAAUCAACCUCGUUCUUCUCUGAAGCUCGCGAUCGCUUUAAGGGCCUCAAAGGCGUGGAGAAUGUCUAUACACAACACUCACCGCGAUUGGAAGUGACUCUCCAAAACUUGAUCAAGGGGCGUUUGAAGGAAAUGCAGUACCCUUUCCUGGAAGGUAGCGGGCAUACUCGAGACAAACCCCAAGACAUCAUUAUCUUUAUCGUUGGGGGUACCACAUAUGAAGAAGCCAAGAUGGUGGCGCAGGUUAAUGCCAGCUCCCCUGGAGUUCGUGUCGUCUUGGGUGCCACCAUGAUUCAUAAUAGCACAACUUUCUUGGAAGAGGUCGAUGAUGCUGUUAGCAGCUGGCCAGAACCAGAACCCACAACAGCUGCUGGACGGCUGCGACGAGAGGUUGGGCGAUAA